AUGGAUCAAUUGUUGGACACAUUUGAUUUAAAUGAUAUAAACAAUACAGACACUGAGGGCUUAUUUGAGUUAAGUUUUAACGAAAUCUGUAUGAAUGAGAUUUGGGUGAAAGCAUUUAAUUUGAGUGAACAGUGCGACUAUCAGUUAUAUGAGACCAACCAUUCAAUGGGACUGUCAAUGGAUAACAUACAGAAUAUGACGAGUAAUGGGACAACAAGUAUUGAGCGACCAUUUAUUCCUCGGUGGUGGAUUCAAUUGUUUUGGUCACUAUUGUUUGGUGUUAUGGUUCUGCUAUCAGCGAUUGGUAAUCUAGUGGUCAUAUGGAUUGUUUUGGCCAAUCGCCGUAUGCGGACAGUGACCAACUAUUUUCUAUUAAAUCUGACAAUAGCUGAUCUGUCGACAGCCGUAUUCAAUGCUAUCUUCAACUUUGUCUUUAUGUUGAACUCUCACUGGCCUUUCGGUCAGUUUUACUGUAUUUUCAACAACUUUAUCGCCAACCUAUCCAUCUCUGUCUCGGUGUUCACCAUAUCUGCCACUAGUAUUGAUCGGUAA